AUACGGCGGAUUACCAGUUCGUCAGUGUCCUGCACGCCCAUCGUCGCUAGUGCCGACGCUAACUCCCCACUGCCGGCGGAGCAGGCCCUGCGUCUCGGCCGCCGCCGCCGCCGCCCGGGCGCGCGGCCCGCCCCGAGGCGCUCGUUCUCUCUCUCGCCCCACCCUCUCGCUUCCCCUUCACGGAAACGACAGCUGCGGCGGCGGAGCUGGCGCCGCCUCUCUCCACCUACCACGUCUGCCCCCGCCACUCUCGCCCGGCGCCCCAGCCCGGCCGCGGCGCCUCCCCGCUAGGUCAGCCGGCAGCUCCGCCCGGCUGCCGCCCAGGAUGAACAUCAUGGACUUCAACGUGAAGAAGCUGGCGGCCGACGCGGGCACCUUCCUCAGUCGUGCAGUGCAGUUCACAGAAGAAAAGCUUGGCCAGGCAGAGAAGACAGAAUUGGAUGCUCACUUAGAGAACCUUCUUAGCAAAGCUGAAUGUACCAAAAUAUGGACAGAAAAAAUAAUGAAACAAACUGAAGUGUUAUUGCAGCCAAAUCCAAAUGCCAGGAUAGAAGAAUUUGUUUAUGAGAAACUGGAUAGAAAAGCUCCAAGUCGUAUAAACAACCCAGAACUUUUGGGACAAUAUAUGAUUGAUGCAGGGACUGAGUUUGGCCCAGGAACAGCAUAUGGUAAUGCCCUUAUUAAAUGUGGAGAAACACAAAAACGAAUUGGAACAGCAGACAGAGAGCUGAUUCAAACAUCAGCUUUAAAUUUUCUCACUCCUUUAAGAAACUUUAUAGAAGGAGAUUACAAAACAAUUGCUAAAGAGAGGAAACUAUUACAAAAUAAGAGACUGGAUUUGGAUGCUGCAAAAACCAGACUAAAAAAGGCAAAAGCUGCAGAAACUAGAGCUUCAAUUUGGGCAGAGGAAGUGACAAAAUCUGAACAGGAAUUGAGAAUAACUCAAAGUGAAUUUGAUCGUCAAGCAGAGAUUACAAGACUUCUGCUAGAGGGAAUCAGCAGUACGCAUGCCCAUCAUCUCCGCUGUCUGAAUGACUUUGUGGAAGCCCAGAUGACUUACUAUGCACAGUGUUACCAGUACAUGUUAGACCUCCAGAAACAACUGGGAAGUUUUCCAUCCAGUUACUGUAACAACAAUCAAACUUCUGUGGCACCCUUGCCAUCUGCUUCAUCAAAUGUGAUUGGUUCUUCUGCCUUGUCUUCAACAAGUGGCCUAGUAAUUGCCUCUCCUACCAACCUCAUUGACCUUAAGGAGUGCAGUGGCAGCAGGAAGGCCAGGGUUCUGUAUGAUUAUGAUGCUGCAAACAGUAGUGAAUUAUCACUUCUGGCAGAUGAGGUGAUCACUGUGUUCAGUGUCGUUGGAAUGGAUUCAGACUGGCUAAUGGGGGAAAGGGGAAAUCAGAAGGGCAGGGUGCCAAUUACCUACUUAGAACUGCUCAAUUAAAUAGGUGGACUAUGGAAAGAUUACCCAUCAUGACACCAGUAUUUAUAUACAAUUAACUCUAAAUAAAGCAGGUUUAAGUAUCUUCCAUGUUAAUGUUCUUAGGAGACUGAAAAGAAAAUACCAGCCACCAGAAGCCAGCCUUUCUGCCAAUAAAAUUGCAUGGUACAUAUUUCAUUACAGAAUUUAUGUUAGUGCUUUCAUGCCAAGAAUGUUUUCUUACAAAAUUCUCUUUCUACUGAGGUUUCACUAAUAAGCAGCUUCUACUUUUGAGCUCCAACUUAAAGCAGAAGAACUGUUUUCUACUGAAUUUUUCAUUAAUGGCAAGCUUUUUCUUUUAUGUAAAAUAAAUUUAUUGUGAAUUGA